AUGCUCCAGUCCGGUGGCCAUCCUUCGGCGCAGGAAUGGUUCAUGGUUCAGACCAAAUCGAAGCCUCGGGUGCAGCGACAGCGCCUGCAAGUGCAGCGCAUCUUCAGAGUCAAGCUGAAUGCCUUCCAGAACCGGCCGGACACCCCCUACUUCUGGCUGCAGCUUGAGGGGCCCAGAGAGAACAGGAACAAAGCCAAGGAGUAUCUGAAGGGCCUGUGUAGCCCCGAGCUGUGGAAGGAGGUUCGCUACCCACCGGUCCUGCACUGCGCUUUCCUUGGGGCCCAGGGCCUCUUCCUCGACUGCCUCUGCUGGAGCACCCUGGCCUACCUGGUGCCUGGUCCCCCGGGGUCCCUGAUGGUGGGCGGGCUGACUGAGUCUUUCAUCAUGACCCAGAACUGGCUGGAGGAGUUGGUGGGGAGGCUGCGCUGGGGCCCUGUUCCUCUGCUGAUCCCUCGGGGGAUCUGGGAGGCGGAGGUGGCCCGAGCCUUUGGGGCCCUGGUCUGGAUCCGUGGUGACCAGUAUGCAGGGGAUCUGCUCCAGCUGCCUCCUGCAGUCCAGGAGCUGCUGCUGAGCCUGGUGCGGGAUGCUGCAGGCAAGGAAGACAUCUUCAAGUGGCUGGGCCGCGUCGGCAUCUCAGACACCCUCUCCGGCCCGGGGCUCCUGAUCUGCUCUCCCCACCAGCAGAAGGAAGGUCCAGCCAUGGUGCCUGGUGGGGAGGGUUCCAAGCCCUUACUGGAGAUGGGAACCUUCCAGAAUGGGCACCCAGAGGAUCUGAAGAGAUUAACCAACUUGGGAGCCACCGGGCCCCUGGUCUCAGGCAUCUUUGGCCUUCAGGAGAUCCCAGCCCAGCCCAAACAACAGGAGACAGCAAACCAGCCAGUACAGGUCUGUUCCAACAACAAAGGUGGUUCGGACAAUGUGCGUGAGGAAAGGCCAGCGCAAGCUACCAGCAGCCAAACCUCUGUGAAGGACACACAAGCUUUGUUGCAGCAGAGGCAGGUCCAGAGGGCGGAAGAUAAACUCUCCUUCCAGCCACCGGUGUCAGCUCUGGGUGUGUGCCGGCCCUGGAAGGCCUGGAGCCCAGGGUCAGCCUUUAGGCCCUUGUGGCCAGGGGCUAUUGCUGCAACGUUCUGGAGAAUCAGUGAACUGCAUUCUGUUCACCUGGCUUGGCUCCUGUCCCAGGCAUGUUUCAACUUUUCCUUCUGGCAGAGGUCUCUAAGCCCCAUUCAGUUUAAGCUUCCAAGGAAGAAUCCUUUGCCCUUAAACCUGGGGUGGAAGUUGAAGGAACUAUCUCCUUUGCUCAGUGUGGAAAGCCCAGCUUGUAGACCAAAUGGGGGGCUGGGAGGAAAGGUAGCCCUAGAGAAUUGCCCGAGGCUAGAGACCCCUCAAAAAGUCAUGAGUUUAUUGGUGGUCCCAGGGGGCUCAGGGGUAAAGGACAGAUUUAGCUCAGGACUGGCGCAGAUAGGGCUACCUUCUACCUCUGCACUUCAACUGCAAGCUGUAGGUGAGCCAGGGGAUCAAGGUAGCACACAGUGGGAUUGCAAGGAACUGAAAGAGAGGCCCUUUCCAGCGGGACAUAUAGGGCAAAGGAUGCCCUCAGCUCAAGACAGGCCCUUGGCCGUGACAGCCCAGUCAGUACCUGAGGCUCAAACAGUGUCUGAAACUCUACAAAUGUCCGUGGCUGCAGCGGUGCCUACGGCUCAGAAAACACCCACAACUGAAAUGCUGCCUGCCGCUCCCCCAGUGCCUGCAGCUCAGAUGAUGCAGGCAGUGCACACAGCAACUGCACCUCGUGAAGUGCCUUCGGCUCCGACAGAGCCAGCAGCUCAGGUGAUGCCUGCAGCUCAGAAAGCAGCCAUGCAUCAGCUGGCCCCUGCUACUCAAAUGCUGUCCACGGCUCCUCACACUCCCACAACUCAAAAGAUGCCUGCAGUGAAAACAUCACCUGCAGGUUCCAAAAUGUCCAAAGCUCAAACUGUACCUUCCUCUAAAACUUCCAAAGCACCUGCAGCCUCCAAUGCGCCUGCAGUUUCCAAAGCCUCAAGAGUUCCCAAAAUGCUGGGCUCUCAGAAGGCACCUCCAGAUUCAGGGCUGACCCAGUCUCCCUCCAAGGGCAGUGCCACCUUCCAGAAGAGCCAAGGUCCCCAGGGCAAUGACACUCUGGCCUCCUACAGUCAACACCGUCCCCAGGAGAGUCUUCUGGGGGCUUGGGAAGGGGCCCCGAGGCAACCGCCUCACCACCCACAGGUGAAUGGUACAGUGACCAGUUUCCAGAGGUACCAUGAGGCCCUGAAUACACCCUUUGAGCUGAGCCUGUCACAGGAACCCGGGGACCAGGGCUUGCGGCGAGUGGUCAUUGAUGGCAGCAGCGUGGCUAUGGUGCACGGCCUCCAGCACUUCUUUUCCUGCCGUGGCAUUGCCAUGGCGGUGCAGUACUUCUGGAACCGGGGACACAGAGAGGUCACUGUAUUUGUGCCCACCUGGCAGCUGAAGAAAAACCGGAGGGUGAGAGAGAGCCACUUUCUGACAAAGCUGCACUCCCUUAAGAUGCUUUCAAUCACCCCGUCCCAGCUCGAGAAUGGCAAGAAGAUCACCACAUAUGAUUACAGGUUCAUGGUAAAGUUGGCAGAGGAGACAGAUGGCAUCAUUGUCACCAAUGAGCAGAUCCAUGUCCUGAUGAAUAAUUCUAAGAAACUUAUGGUUAAAGAUCGCCUACUGCCCUUCACCUUUGCUGGGAAUCUCUUCAUGGUACCAGAUGACCCUCUGGGCCGUGAUGGCCCCACCUUGGAUGAGUUUCUGAAGAAGCCAAACAGGUUGGACACCGACAUUGGCAAUUUCCUGAAGGUGUGGAAGACUCUUCCCUCCAGUUCAGCCAGCAUCUCUGGGCUGAGUGAUGCUGCUGACCCUGAGCCCCUGAAGAGUCUGCAGCACAUGGAAGAAGUCAGGGUGAAGAAGGAGAGGCGGAAUGAAGAACAGAGAGAGGGGCAGGGGAUGCAGAGGCUGGCUGAGGAAGACAACCUCGACUCUUCCCUGGCAUCAGUGUUUGGCGUUGAGUGUCCCUCCCUGUCAGAGGAGAUCCUUCAGUGCCUCAGCCUCAAUGACCCCCCUGAUGGGGCCCUGGACAUUGAUCUCUUGCCUGGGGUGGCUUCUCCCUACCUGGGUAUCCCCUGGGAUGGGAAGGCUCCCUGCCAACAGGUUCUGGCCCACCUGGCCCAGCUAACAGUCCCCAGCAACUUCACAGCACUCUCCUACUUUAUGGGAUUCAUGGACUCCCACCAAGAUGUCAUCCCUGACUAUGAAGCCCUUGUGGGCCCCCUUCACAGCCUUCUCAAGCAGAAGCCAGACUGGCAAUGGGGCCAAGAGCAUGAGAUGGCCUUCCUGGCCCUGAAGCGAGCCCUCGUGUCUGCCCUCUGUCUCACAGCCCCCAAUUCCCAGCUGCCCUUUCACCUGGAGGUGACGGUGAGCAAGGUGGCCCUGACAGCCAUCAUCUACCAGGAGCACUCAGGGAGGAAGCACCCCAUAGCCUAUACCUCGAAACCCCUGCUCCCUGAUGAGGAUGGCGAGGGCCCUCAGUCAGGGGGAGACAGCCCCUAUGCAGUGGCCUGGGCUCUCAAGCAUUUUUCCCGCUGUAUUGGGGACCUCCCAGUGGUCUUAGACCUUUCCUAUGCCUCCCGGACCACUGUGGACCCUGAAGUGAGGCAAGGCUGCAGUGUUUCCAAAGCAUGGCUGAUCCGAUGGUCCCUGUUGGUACAGGACAAAGGCAAAAGGGCUCUGGAGUUGACCCUUCUCCAAGGCCUGCUGGAGGAAAACCGACUCCUGAUGCCUGCUGCUUCCAUGCCUCGUUUUUUCCAGGUUCUGCCUCCUUUUUCCGACUUGUCUACUUUUGUCUGCAUCCACAUGUCUGGCUAUUGUUUCUACCGUGAGGAUGAGUGGUGUGCUGGCUUUGGCCUUUAUGUCUUGUCUCCAACCAGUCCCCCUGUCUCCCUUUCCUUUUCCUGUUCCCCUUACACCCCAACCUAUGCCUACCUGGCGGCCGUGGCCUGUGGGUUGGAGCGCUUUGGCCAGUCCAGCUUCCCUGUGGUUUUCCUUACCCACUGCAACUGGAUCUUCAGCCUCCUCUGGGAGCUCCUUCCCCUCUGGAGGGCUCGGGGCUUCCUCUCUUCUGACGGGGCUCCACUACCUCACCCAGACCUGCUCUCCUACAUUAUAUCCCUCACCUCUGGCCUCUCAUCCCUCCCAUUUAUCUACCGAACAUCCUAUCGGGGGUCCCUGUUUGCAGUGACGGUGGACACCCUGGCCAAACAGGGUGCCCAGAGGGGUGGGCAGUGGUGGAAUUUGCCAAAGGAUGUACCAGUCCCUGUAGUGUCUCCCCAUACCAAAGGCAAGAGGCCCAACCUGCUGGCAUUGCAGCUGAGUGAUAGCACCCUCGCGGAUAUCAUUGCCAAGCUGCAGGCUGGACAGAAAUUGCCCAGCUCCUCACCCUUCACUUCUGCCUUUAGCUCCCUCAGCCUUGAUGAGGAGAGUGGCCUGCUUAUGUUCAAGGGAGACAAGAGGCCCAGGGUCUGGGUUGUCCCAAGGCAACUCCGGAGGGAUCUGAUUUUCUUGGUGCAUGACCUCCCCAUGGGGGCCCAUCAGAGGCCGGAGGAGACCUACAAGAAGCUACGGUUACUGGGGUGGUGGCCUGGGAUGCAGGAGCAUGUGAGAGUGUACUGCAGGAGCUGCUUAUUCUGCAUCCCCAGGAAUCUCAUAGGCAGUGAGUUGAAGGCUGUUGAGUCCCUGUGGCCCAUCAGGUCGACUGCCCCCUGGUCGAACCUGCAGAUUGAGGUAGUGGGUCCGGUCACCAUCAGUGAGGAGGGCCACAAGCAUGUGCUUAUUGUGGCUGACCCCAACACCAGGUGGGUGGAGGCAUUCCCACUGAAGCCCUACACACACACAGCCGUGGCCCAGGUGCUGCUGCAGCACGUAUUUGCCAGGUGGGGUGUUCCCGUGAGGCUAGAGGCAGCCCAGGGCUCCCAAUUUGCCCGGCAUGUCCUUGUGAGCUGUGGGCUAGCCCUGGGGGCCCAGGCGGUCUGCCUGAGUAGAGACCUCCAGUUCCCCUGUCUGACGACCUCAGGGGCCUACUGGGAGUUCAAGAGAGCCCUCAAGGAGUUCAUCUUUCUGCAUGGGAAGAAGUGGGCAGCUUCCCUGCCCUUGCUACACCUGGCCUUCAGGGCCUCCUCCACACAGGUUACACCUUUCCAAAUCCUGACUGGGAGUGAGGUGAAGCUGGCCGAGCCCCUCUGGUGGGAGAUGAGCAGUGCCAGUAUUGAAGGGCUCAAGAUGGACAUCUUCUUGCUCCAGCUCAUUGGAGAACUGCUGGAACUCCACUGGAGGGUGGCCGACAAGGCCUCUGAGAAGGCGGAGAACAGGUGUUUUAAGCGGGAGAGCCAGGAGAAGGAGUGGAACGUGGGUGACCAGGUUCUCGUGCUGUCCCUCCCCAGGAAUGGCAGUAGUGCCAAAUGGGUGGGUCCCUUCUAUAUUGGUGACCGGCUGAGCUUGUCUCUUUAUAGGGUAUGGGGCUUCCCAACCCCAGAGAAGUUGGGCUGUAUCUAUCCUAGCAGUCUGAUGAAAGCCUUUGCCAAGAGCGGCACUCCCCUGUCUUUCAAGGCCUUGGAACAGUGA